ACAGGGAACCAAUUGCCAAACUACAAACAAGAGAUUAUAUAUUUUUCAGAAAAUUGCUCAUAAGUGUUACUUUGAAACUUUAAUUAGUCAUAAGGCCACCUAAGUUUUCUUGUACACAUUAGGCCACUAUCAUAUUCAAAUUAUUUCAUCCAUGAGAAUUGUGCCCCUCUACAAACAAAACAAACCGUCUCUCUCUUUCUCUCUCUGUCUCCCCCCCCCUUACCCGUAACCACAAACCUUUCUCUUGACCUCGCUUUGACCUGAGAUAACUGCCACCGGGAGAGAGUGAUUGAGCCUCACCACGAUUCGAAUUGGUCGUCAGGCUACCGGGAGAGUGAUUGAGCCUCUCCACUGUUCGAAUUAGUCAUCAAGAUUUCUGAUGCGGCCUUGCUAGAGGUGGUGUGCGUCAUCAGAGGCAAUGGCUUCACCGACCACGGUCGGAGUCUCCUCCAUCUUCAGCCUCGACAGGAUCAUCAUCGUUGUCGUCCACAAGAUCUGGUAUGCCAGCACGGGUCGUGGAUCUGGUAUGCGAGCUGAGGUAGUGGAUCUGGAGCUAGGCUCCGGCGAUCUGGAGUGACGCGAAAACGAUGUUAAUCGGAGGCCAAUGGUCUUUCUCAGUUCCCGGUGCUGUGAUUUCCGGCAGAGACAGCGUUUUCCGAGGUGUGGAGAAGGAGGCGGAGGAGGGGGUUCAGAGGCCAUUUGUUCCGACGAGAUCGAACUGCUAGUUAUACUGCGAUCUGAGCUUUGGUUCGAAUCCACCAUUUAUGGUCAGAGGGCUAUCAUCCGUCUCAAAUCUCACUGGAGUAGCUUUUGUUGCUAGUGAUAAUGACUUCUGUGGUCACCGGAAACUUAGUCGGAAGUCGUCAGAGUUCGCCAGAUACCCUCGCCGGAGGUUGCCGAAGAGGAGAGAGAGAAUGAUUGUUGACUUUUUACUUUAGUGGCAUUUGUGUAAAUAUCUUAAUUUUAUAUCCAAAAUUUAACACAAUAUUUAAUCUAGUAACCUUAUGAGGAAAAUAAAAUUAGCUGGUAGCCCUAUGGCUAACAAAACAUUCAAAAAUGGCCUUAUAUGUAAUUGAUUAUUUGAAACUGCCAAAAUUUGGACAUGCUUAAUUUAAAAUUAUAGGCCUCAUAUUCUUAACAUAACAAUCUGGCAAUCUAACUACCGAAAUAAUGGAACCACUACUAAUUUCACUACAAUUAACGCUAACACCAAUCCCAAACUUUGCACCAUAUUUAGCUAUAUGUAUGUAUAUGUAUGUAAUGUAAGUAGAUAAUAUUUAGAAGGGAGUGCGUAUCCAGAUCCUCUCCUUAGCCCAACAACAGCUAUGUAUGUUCUUGACGUUUAGUUUCAGUCAUCGAUCCAGUAUCUAAGGGCCUUUAAUGAGAGCCACUUCAGCAAAUGACAUUUAAUGAAUCAAAAUGUGGGCUUUUCAGAGGCUUGUCAUCUCCUUCCGUUCAUACUCAUCGUUCUUCAAACUUUUUUAUCUCCAGUUUUGUUCUGUUAACUUCAUUCUUUGAAAAUUUCAGUCUUAUUGAUGGGCUUGGCAUUCAGAUGCCGGAAACAAGAGUAGCUCAUAGAUUUGUUUCAUAUUUUUUCUUUAUACAAGUAGAUUUAUUUCAUCUUUAUAAUCUCAAUAGAUUGCUUCCAGAUCUGAAGAAAAAUGGAUUUAUUAUGGAAUUUUGGUUUCGACUAUUAUACUUUCAGUGGGUUUUUCCAAAUUAUCCAGACUUCCUUCAUUCCUUUUCAUCAAUCAUUUUGUUCUAUGUGUUUUAAGAAUGGUGAAACUUCAUAGGAUGGUCCUUGUUAAAAUUUCAGGCUUCUAUCAAACAUUUUUAUCUCCAACAUCAUCUUGCAAUGAUCUCUACAGAUCAAUGAAGUGAACUGUUGGGAUACCAACUUAUUAUACCAACUACUUAUUAGUAAAACGCAGCGUUUUGGUUGAUAUAUGCCUAUAUAUACUCUGUUCCUUUCAUUUUGUAAUUCAACUAUCGAAUAUGUAUAAAAGUCUAUUUUCUCUUUCAGUUUUUCCUUGUUUUCUUCUCUUUCAUUUUUUAGGGUACUCAUCAUCUGGUAUCAGAGACCAAAUCGAUGGGGGGAUCGAAGAAGGUGACGAGUGCAUCGUCUUCUUCGUUGGUGGACCCUCCACCAUAUGACCUUUACUUGCAGGCUCAUCGUGAGGAGACGAUGCUCCAAUUCCAGGAGGUGCGAGAAUCUAUGGAGAAGAUCCAAGCUCAACACUCUUCGUUUCAAUCAGAGCUCAUGGAGGAACUCCGACAACUUCGUUUGGGCUCCAAAGCUUUGGUGGAGACUAGUGGCGCCGGACCGCCGCCUCAACUGAGUUUGUCGUCGCCGGAUGCUUCGGACUUCGGAGCUAAAAAGUGGAAAUGAACUCACAAAUGGAAAGAGGAGCUUGCGAACACCAAGGGGAGCAAAAAUGAGAUGCAAAGGACCACACAAUUGAGCAGAAAUGAAGAAAUGAAGCUUUCCUGGUCCAACCAGGAAAUCCUGUUCGAAAGAGGAAACUGUGUGAAGCAAAACUCUGAAGCCCAUUGAGAUGUGUGAUCGAAAUUAUGAAGGACAUGACGUUGGAGACAUCAAGGCUUGAAGAGGACGCAAGAAGGCCCAAGAAUUAUCAAGCAAGAUGGACUUUCGGCAAAAGUGGAUAAAGCCCAUGUAAACUAGGGUUUUGUGACGUCAAGAGAAAAAUGUGGAGACUUAAGAGUUUUGCCGUCCAAAGCAAGAGGAAAUCAAGGAAGAGUUUUUAAAAAGGAAAAUAUAUUUUCCUUGGGGAUUAAAUUUGCCAUGUAAUACUUAAGGAGAAAAACAAGGUGGCAACAUGGGAAUUAAAGAUGAUUGAUUGAGGAUUUCAAUGAGAGAUUUUCUUGGGAGACUUUUAUGGGAAUGAAAUAUUGUUGGAGAAAUAAUUUGGUGUGAUUGCCAACGUGAAAAUCAGAAAUAAUCAAGGAGAUGACGCCAAGAGAGAUUCAAGGGAGAAAUAAAAGGAAAGAGAAAAAGGUGGAGACCAAGAAAAGCUGAAAACGUGUCUAGGUGCAUCCCUAAAUUCCCUAAAGGAAUAUUGGCCGAAAUUCAUGAAGAAAAUCAGAAUAAUUCCAAGGAAAUUCGGCAAUUAAAUAUUAGGGAGGUAUUUUAGAGAAUUUUGAUUGGUUGGAACACAUCACACGGAUUACUUGGCAUUCUAUGAUUGGUUGGACUACAUCACAAAGCUUACUUGGCGAAUUCUCAUUGGUGGAAGCUAUGUGGAAAUUUCUGAUUGCUUUGUGAACCCUAGCCAUGCUCCUAUAUAUACCCACCUCUUUGACGUUGAAAAGGGUUCCACAUCCCUUAAAAAAAUUCAGAAAAAUUAUAUUGUUGCGGUGAGCUUCUCUCAUUUUCUCUCCAUCCUCUAAAGCAAGCCACGGAGUUCAAGCAAGGCCGAAGGGAGAAGAAGGAGCCGUGACUAUUCCUCCACCAUCCACCAUUGAAGACUUGCUUUCAAGCUUCAAGGAUCACAACGAAAAUCAUCCAUCCUCAUAUUCCAUCCACGGUGAUUUCCAUGAAUGACCGAGCCUUCUAAAAUCCCUAGUGCACGAGAGAUUGAAGAAAGACUUGCUCGUUUGAAGAAUCCUCCACAACUCGAAUACAGAAGACCUUCUCCCUUGCAAUUCAAGCCAUAUACAUUCAACGAGCAAGGGAAGAGAAUCUUAGAUCCUUCAGAGGAAUCCACAUCACCUACACCAACUCUAUCUCCACCACUUUCACCAUCACCUUUGAUUUCGCCUAACUUACCAUCACCACAAAUCACCCCACCUCUUUCACCUUCACCACCACCUACACCACCACUUUCACCACCACCUGAAGAAGUCAAAGAAGAGAGAAUGGCAUCUAUUAGGGAACUCUCUAGAGCAACAGUCCAAGGAGGACCUCCUACGAGUAUUGUGUACCCUGCCCCUGCUGCAGGAAGGAAUGCAGAGUUUGAGCUGAAGAGUGGAUUAUUGCACCAACUCCCUAUUUUCCAUGGUCUUAAUAUGGAGGACGCCAACAAGCAUCUGAGAGCAUUCCAGGCUGUGUGUGCAAACAUGCAACCACAAGGAGCAGAUGAAAAUAUUCUCAAGAUGAAGGCAUUCCCCUUCUCCUUAGCUGACAGAGCCAAGGAUUGGCUAUAUGAGCUUCCUGCUGGACGCAUCACUUCUUGGGACACAAUGAUGAAGGCCUUCUUGGAGAAAUACUUUCCAGCUUCAAAGGUCAUCACACUCAGGAAGAAGCUCAGUGGAAUUGAGCAAGCCCAUGAUGAGUCCUAUGGUGCCUACUAUGAGAGGUUCAAUUCCUUACUUGCACAAUGCCCUCAACAUCAGAUGAAGGAUGAGACCCUCCUUACUUGCUUUUACGAAGGACUCUUACCCUUGGAAAGGCAAAUGCUUGAUGCUGCAGCUGGAUGAGCUUUUGUGGACAAGUCACCUGCAGCUGGGAGGGAACUUAUUGAAAAUUGUGCCCUAAACACUCAACAGUAUGAGGGUGUGAGACAAACCACUCGUAGGGUCAAUGAGGUGAA